CUGCAGGAUUAUUUUCCUGCUGUAGAAAACUGGUUCAAAUUAAGAUCCUACAUCUGUACCAUUACAGGUAAUUGACCAGCUUUUCAGAUCCCUCCAAAACAUGCUGAAAUUUCAGGCGGUCUUUUCAAACAGCUCUUACACUAAAAGGGCAUUAUCACAAUUUUGCAGUAUUAUUCCAACCUCAUAGUGUGGACACAUAUAUACAUCACAGGAAAAUCACGUUUUUGACUGCACUGGGUACCAUUCCACGUAAAGUACUUCAUAUGCUCUUUUGAUAGCCUGGUCCUAUUUGUAUGUGCUUUAGCCAAGUGCAAAAGCUAAUAGCACAUACUAAACUUGUGUUCCAAGAAUGUGCAAAGUUGUAAGGGAUGACCAAGCAUGCAAUGGGAGACAACUGAAUAGGGUGCAAAUAUUAGGGGAUUUAUUUUCCCAAACUUGAAGUUGUUUACAAAGUAAGAUACUGUAUAUCAAAAACCAUAGUACCAGAGAGGAAGAGGCGAAGGGCGAGGUUUUAUUCAGCUCAAAAUCUUUCCACGAAAAUAAGCCCACGAAGUGGGGACUUUAUGUAUGGAGGUCAAUGAGUGUCGAAUUUGUUCAUAAAAAAAAGGAAUUGCUAAUUUGCUACGGAAAGGUUUAUUUGAUCUAAUAGAAGUUUCGUAAUGGUUAGGUUGUUAUGAAUGAACUGAUAUAAGUGGACGGAAGUGGCAUUUCGGCAAGUUACAUAAAAACAUCUUUAUAUCGGAGUUGUGCCUGUUGUCAAAGAGAUAGAGGAUUCAUCAUGGAUAUAACACGUUUUAACAUGGACAUUACCAUUGAGGGCUUCCACCAUUUUAAAGUAGUCAACUGGGUGAGGAUUCCUAUGAGUUGGAAGCAAUCAGCAAAUGAAGAAGAAUAAAAUUGACUACUUUAAAAUCGAGAUAGCCUCAAUGGCGCUGCCCAGGCAGUCACAGAUGGUAUUAUGGCACAGAUACAAAGAUGAGUCUUUUAUCUAUCUCUAUCUGCCCUCUCACUGGUGUGGCGUACCGUGGCAAGCCACCAGGGGGAGACUCGUCGAGGCCUGGUGACAGAUGGAGUCUACAUCACGCGGCGGUGGCUCCCUCUGCUGGACGUGCCAGGUCUCGACGGGUCGUCCGGACAGGACUAUUUGGUGCUGAUUGAGGCUGGCCUGAGGACGGAGAGAUCCACCCAGAGAUCUGCAGGCUCUUCAUCCAGCUGCAGUGCUGUCUGGAGAUGUACAUCACGGAGAUGCUCAAGUCUGUCUGUCUGCUGGGGUCCCUGCAGCUCCACAGGAAAGGGAAGGAUUCCUGUGGGCCUUCCAGGAUUGACAGUAAGGUGGAUGAGACCUCAGACAUACCCAUUCUAGAAGACACCUCCUCCUCCCCAAUGGACUGUCAUCAGCUCUGCUGGCUAGUCGCCACAGACAUAGACAAUACUGAGAGGGACAUGAGAGAGAUGAAGAACCUUCUCAGCAAACUCAGGGAGACGAUGCCUUUACCAUUGAAGAACCAAGAUGACAGCAGCUUGCUGAACCUGACUCCUUACCCACUGGUCGGACAGAGAAAGAGGCGGUUCUUUGGGCUCUGUUGCCUGGUAACCAGCUAAGGGCUCCACCCUCCUGGGUUGAAGGCGGCAACAGUAACGCUUUACUUGAAGUGUUGUUCAUGGCACAACCAUAACAUUGUCCAAAGAACAUUGUAAAGUGUCAUAAGACAUGCCAAAAUGUGACAAUUUUUUUAUAAAAGCUUAUGUUAACUGGAAUAACUUAUAUUUGCCUUUCAUGACCAAUAUAUUUAUUUGCUUUAUGACAUAGUGUCGUAAGAUAUUGACAGUUGUCAUAACAGUGCCCCAUAACGGAAAUAGCAUAGUAUGUCAUGUUUUGGAAUGUGUUAUGACACUUUAAGAUACGCUUAUGACACUGUUAUGGAUGUGUCAUGAACAACACAUCAAGUAAAGCGUUACUAUGGCAGCAAAGACACCAUUAACCACAAUCCUUCACCACUUGUGUCUCCCACCGAUCUAUUACUGCCAUUUCCAAUAUUCAACACAGUUCUCUCUUUUGUUGAAAAGGCUACCUACCCCAUUUUAUAAUUUUAUUUUGUAAUACAAAGAUGAAUUGUAAUUGCAAUGUAAUGAAACGAAUAGUCAUAAACAUAUAUUUUAAAUGUAUUACAACUGAUUUUCCUUUUAUUUGGUAAAUGGAGUCCAACAUUUUGUUUGUCAGAGGUUUUCGGGAGAGAGAAAGACCAUUUGACACAGUAUGCAGGUUUCCAUUGACCCAGGUUUAUUCUACAAAAGCAAUGUCGCAAAAGAAAGUAUUGCGACGUGUAACGUAAAAGGCAGAUAUUGUCCUGACUUUCAAGAAUAUCUGAAAUGCUUCGCCUUGCUUUUCUGGUUGUCAGGCAAGUUUCACCAUCCAAUUAUUUCAUAUCUACAGGAGUGCAAGUUUCGCCAUGCGAAUUAUUAGAAUAUGGCAAAUAUUAGUAAAUGAUUGCAUUCUAUCUAUGCUGGCUUUUGCGGGCUACCUGAGACAUGAAAAAAGUAGGUGGGAGGGCAUACAGGCUGUUGCCAAUUUAUUAAUGUGCAAUUUGCCUAAAUGGGUAAUGGAAACACUUCAACCACUACAUUUUAUUUGACACUGUAUGUUUUAGCAGAAAAAAUAUAUUUUUUAGGUGUGACGUCACUACGUCCAGCUGUUUUUAUCGACACAAGAUAGUUCAAUGGAAACGCACCAUAGCAGGCAAUUGACAAGUUAAUGGAAACUGUCAACAUUUAGUUUCUUCCAUAAAGCUGAAUUGAUGAAUGAAUGUUGUGUGGGACACAAUAUGAUCUGUAAGUUUGUGUCAAAAACAAUGUUACCAAGUAUGACACUUGCAGUAUAUAUGGACACACUACUAGAUAGAAGGUAUUGAGCAGACCAGAGCACAGAAAGUCUGUUGUGUGUUUCGCUCUCUGUUUUCCAUGUCUUGCUGUCCCUGCACUUCCUGUACUGACCUUUAUUUAGUCUUCCAUGAACCAAAAACCUGUACCCAACUUUUACUUUCCAUCUUCAAGGAGGAAUAUACUAUACAAUACUCAAAAAAGAUAAACGUCUUUGCACAUACAAUAUCUAUCUUUUAAAUUGAGACGUUAGAAUUGUAUAUACACAUACUCUCUAAGCGAUGCGCUCUGAAUGAUUUUCGAAGUUGGGAUAGUGUGGUGAAGUCUUGGAUGACAUAAGCAGGUGGCGUCUCCCUCUGUAAGGCACAGUCAGUGCAGGCAGUGGGGACUCAGCAUGGGUCUUGCUUAUUAAUAAUAGAGUUAAAUGUGUAGGGCAUGGAAAAGGUACAGCACUGUAGUCAAAGCUGAAAUAAAAAGCUAUAUGUCAUUUUACAUUGUUAAUAAACUUUUUUAUUUAAA